GUCGCGGGCACCCAGACUUCCUCAAAUCUUUUUUCUUCUUCCAUAUUUCCCACGUACCGGAAAUGCAGACUUCAAGGACCUCAGAAGAGAAGAGCGGCGACCACGUGGAGAUCUCGCGUGGCGAGGAUACCGGAGCUUCGGAGACGGUGCCUUCGGAUAAGGAAGAUGCAGUCUAUCGGGAUCGACAUGGGUUCGCCCUGAUCCCCCAGCCGACUGGUUUUAAAGAUGACCCCUUGAAUUGGCCGGUUUGGCUCAAAUGGCUGGUGCUCCUCCAAGUCUCGUUCCUGGCCUUUCUCGGCCCCUUCAACUCGGCGGUCGUCAACCCGGCUCUAGUGCCGCUAGCCAAACUCUUCGAUAUCCCCGUCGACAAGGCGCCGUUACAGACCACCACCGUGAUCAUCGCCGUGGGCAUCGCUCCCCUGGUCUGGACUCCGCUGGCGAACGUCUACGGACGACGUCCCAUCUACCUCGUAUCGACCCUGAUCGGGAUUGUGGCGACCGUAGGGUCGGGCGUCGCGACAUCAUGGGCAGGCUUGAUCGUCGGCCGCGUCUUUAGCGGCAUCGGAGUCGGAGCCGCGAUGGCUCUUGGCGCGGCGACUGUCACGGACAUGUUUUUCUUGCACGAGCGAGGAACCAAAAUGGGCAUCUGGACCGUCUUCCUCACAAACGGCGCCCAUCUCGCCCCGGUCAUUGGCGGCUACCUGGCGCAGAAGGCCGGGGUCAGGUGGUGCUACUACCUUCCGGCCCUCGUCAACUCGGCUUCGUUUAUCGUCAUGGUGUUUGCGCUGCCCGAGACGCUGUUCUCGCGAUCCGAGCAGAGCCUCGCACGACACAAGGAGCGCACAUAUAUGGAGAUGCUCUUCAGCUUCCGCCGGAACGCAUUGCUCGACAGGAAGGUCCACGUCAUGGACGUUGUCCGACCGUUCCAAAUGCUCAAAUAUCCGUCCAUCAGCCUCACCUUCAUCUACUACAUCGUCUCGUUUGCAUUCUCGUCCAUCCUCCCAGCUGUCACCGUCGCCAUCAUGUUCACCAAGAUCUACCACUUCCAGACCGGGGCCAUCGGCCUCAUGCUCGGCAUCCCGCUCCUCAUCGGGUCCAUGCUCGGCGAGCUCCUCUCGGGGCCCUUCUCGGACUGGGUCAUGUACAGAUACGCGAAACGGCACGGCGGCGAGCGCAAGCCGGAGGCGCGCCUGCCGGCCUCGCUGGGGAGCAUGCUGCUCUGUCCUGCGGGCAUCAUCAUCUACGGCGUCUGCCUCGAGCGCCAGACGCACUGGAUGGGCCCCGUCAUGGGCAUGGCGAUCGCGAGCUUCGGCCUGCAGCUGGUCACCACCGUGAGCUACACCUACUGCAGCGACUGCUACAAGCCGCAGUCGGGGGAGAUUGGGAGUAUCUACAAUUUCGGGCGGCAGACGUUCGCGUUCCCGCUGGGAUUCUAUGCGAUACCUUUCGCGAACCGUAUCGGGAUCGACUGGGCUUAUAUCACACUUGCGCUGAUCACUGCUUUCACAUCUCUCGGAAUUAUUGUCUUGAUGUUCAAGGGAGAGCAGUGGAGGAAGAUGCUUGGGCAGCCACAGUUUCACAAGGACAUUUGAUUGCGUUCAGGGGUGGUUCAAUUCAUUGCGGUGCUUG